GUUUAGUCGAAUAAGGCCGCCUGUACUCUCCAGCUGUAAGACUUGGAUAUGGUUCCCCUUGUCUUUACUGCAGCAGCUCUUCUAUGCUUCCUGCCACGAAUAUUGGGAACCCCAGAGGACCCUUCACAUAUUGGUUGUUUCUCCACUGAUUUCGUAAAGAGCCAUGAAUACUAUAAUAUCAGAUACGCCCUUACAUGGGAAGACAGUAUCGCUUUCUGCAACCACAGACUCACGGUGUACAUGGGAAUUCAGGAGGAGAACAGUUCGUCUAAAUAUAACUUCGUCUACUGUGGUAACGAUAUAAAGGAACACUCCAGGCCUGCCAACAGCAGCUUGUGUCGACCUUGUGUCCACAAUAAAGACCGCUUUUGUGGGGGCGAUUCCACCUUGUCUCUAUACCGCCUAAGAGACAAGUCACCGUUAACGUAUUUCCUCCUGUACUCCAAUACAAUCCUCAUGACCAAAGGCGACAACACGAACAUUACCAUUUUGUCCGGACAAAGCCAAAUGAAUUCUGUUGACUUCUUAUUCACAGAAGAUGACCUCUUCUUUAUAAACGUAACAUCUAUAAAUAGGUAA